AUGGAUUCUGGUUUUACAAGUGGUCAUGAAAGUAUGGAUGAUGCGAAAAAACAAAGUUCUGACUGGGCUAAUAGCCAGCAGCAAGAUCACAGAGUCGAGAAUACAGGAAUCUUAAUGGGCUCCACUGUUCCUGCCAUUCCUCCGGUACUAUCAAACUUUCCGCCUGCUUCAAAUGGUCCUCUUAUGUCGCCUCAGAUGAGCCCUUUUCCAGGUCAUCGUUUGAGGCAUCACCCAUUAGCUCAUAUGAUACCUGCCGAUAAGAAUUUUCUGGCUUACAGCAUGGAGUCUUUCAAAAGUAGAGUAACUAAAGCAUGUGAUUAUUGUCGGAAGAGGAAAAUUAGAUGUACGGAAAUUGAGCCAAUUUCUGGUAAAUGUGGAAACUGUAUCAAGUAUAAUAAAGAUUGUACGUUUCGUUUCCAUGAAGAGUUGAAAAGAAGGCGAGAAGAAGCUUUGAAUAAUAAAGAAAAUGGGAAGUCAGUUAAGAAACUGAAGUUGGAUAAGGAAAACAAGUUGAAAGAUGAAAGUUUUGAUGCCGCCGCGCGAUCGAGCAAUACUUCUUCUACAGGUAGUCCGCCCAAAUUACAGCCCACCUUAUCACAGGAAGAGAUUGGAGCUUCUGCCGCCAAAAGCGCAAGCGAUAAAGAAGAUAAUUGGUCGGAUUUUGUUCCCAUUGACAAGACGGUUCUUGAGAAACUUGAACUCAACCAUACGAAGGUUUCUGGGAAGGUUUUUGUUUUAGAAGAAAUCUGUAAGAAUAUGAAGGGAAUAAUAGAGAAACUAGUUAAAGAAAGGAAAGUCGACACCAUUGAUAAAGAGUAUAUGAAAAGGCCUAAAAGAAAGCAAUAUUCAAAGGCCUUAAUAACAAAACAAAAAAUGUUUCAUUUCCGGCAAAAUGUUUUAUCACAUUUAACUGACGAAGAAUUUCUUUCGACCAUCAAUGAAAUGUUCACAACCACUUUCAAAUACUCUAUUUUACAAACCAAGCUGGUGCUUGAUUUUUCUUUCCGAUCUGCAUCAUCCCCAUCUAGCGACAAUAUAUUGUAUCCUUUGCCCCGUUUAGCGAUUGCAAAGCGUUUGCUUAAAAACAUAAAAUGUCCAUCCUUAGCUUCUCUCCUGCAUAUAGUUGAUGUUGAUCAAUGCUUGGAAUUUGCCGACAUGCACUAUUAUCCUGCCAAAGGAAGAUUGACCCCAUCACAGGCAUUUUUGCUAAAUAUUUGCCUGUGCCUUGGAGCGACUGUGACAAAUUUCGAAGAGAAGCAGGAGCUAGUUGAUGAAGGUACUCAUGAAACGUACUGUUUUGAGAAAUUUGAAUUGUGGAGGCUCAGAUCUUUCACAUUUCUCAAUUCUGUCUAUUAUUAUCAUAAGCUAUCUGUGGCACGCGCAGAUAUGACGGCAUUAAAGGCGUUGCUGUUACUGGCAAAGUUCACCCAACAAAAAAUCAGUGCAUCUUCAGCCGUUAAAGUACUUUCCGUUGCGAUCAAAGUGGCUUUGGAUUUACGACUCAAUUUACAUUCCACCUAUGAGGAUCUAGAACUUGAUGAAAUUAUUAAAAGAAGACGCUUGUGGUGUUAUUGUUUUUCAACAGACAAAUUCUUCUCUGUAGUAUUGUCAAGACCGCCAUUCCUCAAGGAGGAAAAUACAGAUGUGUUAACAGAUGAAAGUUAUGUUGAACUAUUCAGGGAUAAAAUUUUACCGAAUCUUUCUAUAAAAUACGAUAAUGCAAAAGUAGAAGGAGUGAAAGAUAUUAUCUCCGUUGUGAACCUACUCGCAGAUCACCUUGAAUAUACACCAUACAUUCAAUCAUAUUUUUUAUCGAGGUUAUCUCUUAUAGAGUCUCAAAUAUAUUACUCAUGUUUUUCUAUCAGAACAACUCUAGACGAUACACUAGAUGAAAUCAUUGAUAAUGUGCUGGAAAACCAAAAGUCGUUAGAUAGAAUGCGAGAUGAUUUGCCCAUUAUAUUAUCACUAGAAAAUUACAAACAAAACAUGAGGAUUUUGUCUUUGGAGUCCCCUAAGUUAGAUUUUGAAUUAAAUUGUUGUACUACUAUUCUGUUACAUCUCAGAUGGUAUCAUCAAAAGAUAACCUUGAGUUUGUUUGUUAUAUCCAUCAUUAGAGACAAUUUAGACCAGCGAGAAAGUUCCCGCCAUGAUAUAGCUGAGAUUAUUAGAAGAUCAAGAUUGAAUUUCAAACAAAACUGCAUCGAGGUAUUGAAUAUUUUGAAAGAUUUUGAAUACUAUCCUAAUGUUCAAAAUGAAUUUUUGUAUUUCUCUCUUACAACAGUUUUUUCCAUGUUUCUGUAUUUGUCAGAAACUAUGGUAAACGACGAGAACGCCAUGGAAACUGGUUAUAUAAUUGGAUUAUUGAGGGAUACUCAUACCCGUAUGCUAGGAUCUGAAGAGCGUUAUCUUUCCAUACACAAUCUGAAAUGGCAGACAUCUCUUUUUUUUUAUACUUUUUUUCUAAGAAGUACCAUGGAAAAGUUUAACCUCACAAGUAAAUACGCAAAAUUUUAUGCCUUUGACUCAAACUACUAUGCGGCUAUUCUCGACAAGUUGGUUAAGCAUACGAGAGACUCAAAAGAUGAUAUGGUCGAGCUCUUGAAAACUUCAUUUAUUAAUAAAGAGAAGAUGGCUGCAUUUGGGAGUUUUGUUACAGAAGACCAGGAGAAAAUGGAGGUGUCAUUCAACCUUUUCAAUGAAAUAACAAUUCAGGAUUUGAACUUUUUGCAGUAUUCAAGCAUUCCGAAAUUGUGGGAAAAUAAAACUCUCAAUUCUGGUGAAGAAUUUAAUCGUAUUAAUGGUAUCAAUACUGGCAAUAAUGAUAAUAGUGACGAUGAUAAAGGCAACAAUAAUAACAACAAUAGCAACAACAGUAAAAUUAACAAUAAAAAUAACAAUAAAAAUAAUAAUAAUGAUGAUGACAAUGAUGAUGACAAUAACAAUAAUAAUAAUGAUGAUGAAGAAGACGAUGAUUAUGACAGAUCCUUAUUCCCAACAGGUUUAACUUCACUGCUUGAUGAGACAUUUCCCGAGCGUGCGGUGAAUGAGUAUAGUGAUGAGAACGAAAGGUCGAACAAAUUAUUCGGAAAGAUUGAAGGUCAUUUAGAGCACGGUGUGUUCUUUUACGAUCGAGAUUUCUUCUUCAAGAAUGUGUGUGUAAAAAUGUAA